AUGGAUCCAAAUCAAUUCCGAAUGUUCUUGGAACAUCAGACAAAUUUAGUUACGCAACUAAUGAGUGCUAUAACAACGUCAGCACAAAGCAGAAAUCAACCGGAGCUUCAACCAAAGCCCAUAAAUGUUCCUGUUCCGCAGCCUUCACCGUUAGCAGUUGAAGGUGAUAUGGCAGAAAAUUUUGAGUUUUUCGAGAAGAGAUGGGAUAAUUAUUCGAAAGCUAUUGCCAUGGAUAAAUGGCCCGCUACGGAGAACGCUAGAAAAGUCAACUAUCUACUGUCUGUGAUAGGAGAGCAAGCAAGGAAGAAGUACUUCAACUUCGAGUUGUCUCCAGCAGAGCAAAUGGAUCUACGAGCAGCGCUAACAGCGAUAAAGGCCAAGGUGAUAGUCAAAAGAAACGUGAUAGUUGACCGCCUCGAUUUUUUUUCCGCCGUGCAAUUGGUUGAAGAGUCCAUAGACGAUUUUAAUUCUAGACUCAAACUGCUAGGGAAGGUAGCGAUGCUUGGGGAUAUGGAAAAAGAAUUGAUCACGUACAAGAUCGUAACCGCUAACAAGUGGCCGCAAUUGAGAACCAAAAUGCUUACUAUUCCGGAAAUUGAUCUGGAGAAAGCCAUCGAUCUGUGCCGUGCCGAACAAAUUGCAACUAAAUGUUCUUUCGAUCUUGGAGUAUCGUCACCGUCAGAUGUAAAUAAAGUCAGCAAAAGCGCCGGAUACCUAAAGAACAAAUCACUUCGUUGCAAAUUCUGCGGUGACAUUCAUGAAUUUGCAAAAAGAAACUGUCCAGCAUUCGGUAAACGUUGUCAUCGCUGCAAAAGAAAGAACCAUUUCGAAAAAGUGUGCAAGGCAACGGGAAACGCAAAAAACCGGAAGUCGAGUCGCAUUAAAGAAGUAAAGGAAAACGAUGAAUUCGAGGAGGAUUCCGAAAGUGAUUCUUCAUCAGAAGAAGAGGAAUAUGAAAUAGGAAAAAUCUACGAUAAUUCUUCUACCGGGGGAAGUGUUUUGGCAGAACUGAACUUGAAGUUCAAUGAUAAGUGGAGAAAAGUGAUUUGCGAACUUGAUACAGGGGCAAACACUAGUCUGAUAGGACAUGAUUAUCUUAUCAAAUUGUCAGGUCAGAAGAAUCCACCAUUGCUUCCAUCGAAGUUACAACUGCAAAGCUUUGGUGGUAACCCCAUCAAGGUACUGGGUCAAGUAAAAAUACCAUGUCGACGGUUGGAGAAGAGAUUCCUACUGAUGCUUCGAGUUGUGGAUGUAGAUCAUCGUCCAUUGCUUUCCGCCAGAGCUUCUUGUGAACUUGGUCUAGUGAAGUUUUGUAAUGCAGUUAGCUUCGGAGAACCAAUGACAUCGACGAAAUCAAGCCAGAGCACAGAACAACUGUUCAAUAUCUAUCGCGUAAAGGCUAAAGAGAUUAUCGACAGUCACCAACUGCUGUUUUCUGGUUACGGGAAAUUUCCCGGCACAGUUUCUUUGGAAGUAGACGACUGCAUCAUUCCAUCGAUUCAAACACCUCGACGAGUGCCCAUCGCAUUGCGAAGCAAACUAAAAAAAGAGUUGGAUAAGCUUGAACAAGAAAGAAUCAUUGUCAAGGAAACUAAACACACCGAGUGGGUUAGCAAUAUAGUUAUUGUCCAGCGGGGAGGACCCGGUUCCAAAUUUCGUAUCUGCUUGGAUCCCGUUUUGCUCAAUAAAGCAUUUGUGUUUAUUACGUUGGACGAAGUACUACCCGAGUUAGGCAAGGCAAGAGUAUUCACCACCAUAGAUACGAAAAAAGGGUUCUGGCACGUUGUGUUGGAUGAGGCUUCCAGUAAACUCACCACAUUCUGGACACCUUUUGGACGAUACCGUUGGAUACGCCUUCCAUUUGGUGUCGCACCUGCUCCUGAAAUCUUCCAAAUCAAGUUGCAAGAGGUGAUUCAAGACUUAAAAGGUGUCGAAUGUAUUGCAGAUGAUUUGCUCGUUUAUGGAGCCGGUGAUACGUUGGAGCAAGCAUUGAUGGAUCACAACAUUUGCUUGGAGAAACUACUAUGUCGUUUGGAGCUCAAUAAUGUCAAAUUGAAUAUUGCGAAACUAAAGUUAUGUGAACGUUCAGUGAAGUUUUAUGGUCAUAUUCUCACCGAUGAAGGUCUGAAGCCAGAUGAAAACAAAAUUGCGGCAAUACGUGAUUUCCCACGACCACUAAACCACAAAGAAGUACAUAGAUUUGAGGGAAUGGUAACAUAUUUAGGCCGUUUCAUCAGUAACCUCAGUGCCAGUUUGACUAAUCUACGCAAAUUGAUUCUAAAAUCAGUUCCAUGGCAAUGGUCAUCUAUCGAAGAAGAAGAGUUCAAUAGAGUGAAAUCCAUAGUUUCGAAUAUUAAAACACUGCGAUACUAUGAUGUCAACGAACCAUUAACUAUCGAGUGUGAUGCAAGUAGCAUUGGACUUGGAGUUGUAGUGUACCAGAAGAAUGGAAUAGUCGGGUACGCGUCCAGAACACUUACAGUUACUGAAAAAAAUUAUGCGCAAAUCGAGAAGGAGCUACUAGCGAUACUAUUUGCGUGCAUCAGAUUUGACCAAUUAAUAGUGGGUAACCCGAAAGCGACAGUGAGAACUGAUCAUAAGCCUCUCAUUAGUGUGUUUAACAAACCUCUCCUCUCAGCACCUCGUCGGUUGCAACACAUGUUGCUAAAUCUGCAGCGGUACAAUCUUUCAAUCGAGUUCGUUACCGGCAAGGAGAAUGUUGUUGCUGACGCGUUGUCACGAGCUCCACUUCGAACCUCAGAUACACAAGACGAAUAUAAGAAGCUUGACAUCUUCACUAUUUUCGAGGAUAUCCAAGGAUUAAAACUCACCAACUUCUUGAGUGUGUCUAGUUCGAAAUUAAACGAAAUAAUGAGAGAAACUGAAAGAGACCAACAUAUGCAACUAAUCAUCAAGUACAUUCAACAUGGGUGGCCUAAAACCGUCGACCAGGCUCCGGACAUAGCGAAGCUAUACUUCAACUAUCGGAAUGAGCUGUCUACUCAGGACUCACUGGUUUUUCGCAACGAUCGCAUCGUUGUACCUCAUUCUCUGCGCAGAAUGUUGAUUGAUUGCUGUCAUGCAAGCCAUAACGGCAUCGAAGCUACUUUGCGACUCGCUAGAGCUAACCUUUUUUGGCCAGAGUGGGACUUCGAGCACGUUACAUCAGCGUCACAUCAUCAGCAAUGCACUGGAAAAGCUGAAGCAGCAGUGAAAAUAGCGAAACAACUCAUGAAGAAAGCAGAAGAAAGUGGCAACGAUUUUUGGUUCUCGUUGUUGCACUGGAGAAAUAUCCCCAAUAACAUUGGAUCCAGUCCAGCAUCUCGGUUGUUGUCUCGCUUCACAAGAUGCAGUGUUCCAACAGCUGCAACUAAUUUGGUACCAAAGGUAGAAGAAGAUGUACCAACUAAAAUAGAGGCAAAUCGUAAGCGCACAAAGCUAAACUACGACAGAAAAGCACGAGCAUUACCUGAGCUACAGAUUGGUUCUCCUGUCUACGUGCAAUUGAAUCCGGAAACAUCCAAAAUAUGGUCAAAAGGGAGAAUCACCAACCGUUUCAAUGAGCGCUCGUAUACAGUGAAUGUAUGUGGAAAUGAUUAUCGUCGCUCACUGGUUCACUUGAAGCCGCGUAAGGAACCUAAUACGCUGCCAAUCGAUCAAUCGUCAUCCUGCUCGCAGCAUCCACUUAAAGCCCAGGAAGGCACAGGUGGUGUUCCAGAUAGGGGGAUGAUGAGCAGUCCAAUAGGCAUCAUGCACGCCACCACGCAAGCUGCGUCUCCAGAUACCGUACGGUACGCACUGAUCACACGAAGACACAUUAGUCUGUACAUGCUCUCCAGCAAUUUUUCGUUGUGUUUCACCCGAAGUGCCGACGCCCAUACCGGGCUGCCGUACCUGAAGAUCGAAAUUGCCACUCCUGCGUUUUCUAGAACGCACCGGCGAGCUAUUAGGCAUCUUCGCGAGAGCCAUUGA